ACUGCCUGUCAUCAUUUUCUGGUCCUUGUGGCUAAAAUUCUUUGCUGCACAACUACCAGUCUGCUCAAUCAAAAGAUCCUUCGAUCCCAGGUCUGUCCGUUAUGAACCGUCUUAUUUCUGACCCCAGCACAGAAAUUUGCCCGGACUUCACGUCCAACUUCUACCAAACGAGCCGAGCACCGCUUGUAGCUUUAAAUAACACUGAGGAACAAGCUGCCGUGCUCUUGCAGGCAGUCUGGACCGCAACCAAUACUGCGCAGCGAACGCAAUGGCAGAACCAAAUUGCAGCAGAUCAAAUUGCUGCGGCGGAACAACAACACUAUGCUGACGACGAAGCGCAACAGCAACUUCAAGUGCGACGACUCGAAGAAGCUGCGGUUGAAGAGGAAGAGAAAAAGCGGAACUGUCUUAAACACAUACCCAUCCCCAAACGUCCCCGACCUUCACGUGCCCAUGAGAACAUUCUAGUUUCAGACUUUGCCCUAUGCAAACUUGAGAAGGGCCAUCAUGUGGAAAUCUACUAUUGGACCAACAAGGGUCUAUCAGAUGCACGUCUGCAUUAUCGCACUACAGACGACGAGGGGAUGGUACCCACCACGGGGCCAGAUGGCGCUACCGCGUGGAUGCCAGCCAACGCCACGCGACCCUCCACAGCAGUCAUUCCUGACCACAGCUUGAGCCCUCUAGAAUUUGCACAAGCCAUCCCCGACUCGUUGUUUCCUUGA